UACAAGUGGCUAGUAGCUCUUAACAGCAGUAUUACAGGUUGAACUCUUUAACAGGGUAUAUAUGUCAACAACUGUCUGAGAAGACUUCUGCCAAUGUGCUGAAUAAUUAUUUUUCUAAAAUAACUGAUAAAUGUAUCAUUAAAAAGUAAGAAUGUAUACUAGAGACUUUUGAAUGAUGCUUACUUGUCUUGUUGCAUAUAUAUCUGAUAAAACCCACUUUAAUUACAGAUGAUUGCCUGAUGCACUGUUCAUCUGGGUGCUGUAUCAGAAAAUGGAUUGGGACCAGUUUGACUUGAACCCUAGAGUAAUUGCUGCCCUUAAGAAAGCUGACAUAAAAUCAAUAAAGGAGAUUUUAAAUCUUUCUGGAGCAGACUUGCAACGAUUGAUGAAACUGUCCAGUGCAGAUAUACAGUGCUUAUUGAAAACGGUCUCUCACAUGCUAAGGAGAAACAGUAUGCUUACAGCACUUCAGCUUUACCAAGAUAAAGAUCAUCGCACCUCUCAGCACCAGAAGCUAAGCCUUGGAUGUUCAGUACUAGAUAACUUGUUAAAAGGUGGCAUUCCUUUAGUGGGAAUCACAGAAGUUGCCGGGGAAAGUUCUGCUGGGAAGACUCAGAUUAGCUUACAGCUGUGCCUUUGUGUGCAGUAUCCUUACAAAUAUGGUGGAUUAGAGUCUGGAGCUGUCUACAUUUGUACAGAAGAUGUCUUCCCAAGUAAACGUUUGCAACAACUCAUAGAUCAACAACAUAAGCUGCGAGCAGAUGUUCCAACUGAAGUCAUACAGAAGAUCAAAUUUGGAAACAGUAUUUUUGUCGAACAUGCAGCAGACCUAGAUACCUUUCACAACUGCAUUACUAAGAGGAUUUCCCUGCUGCUUACAAGAGGCAUGGUGCGGUUGGUGGUCAUCGAUUCUAUUGCUGCCUUAUUUCGAUGUGAAUUUGGAGCUUCAGAUUCUGUUACGAAGGCUCGGUAUUUGCAGACAUUUGGAGCACAGCUUCACAGUUUAAGCACUAGAUUCAGGACUCCAAUAAUGUGUAUUAACCAGGUGACUGAUACAGUGAGCGAGUCAGAAGCUGCUCAGUGCGGUUGUAGUGUAGCAGGUAACAGUGUCUCUCCAGCACUUGGAAUAACCUGGGCAAAUCAACUGCUAAUGAGACUGAUGGUCAGCCGAACACUACAGCCUGAGCGACCCCUUGGAGUAGUGUCACAGCACACUGGAAGUGUGAGGACUUUACGAGUAGUUUUUGCUCCCCAUCUCCCUCUCUCCUCUUGCUACUAUACAGUAAAAGUGGAAGGUGUAAAAGGAAUAAAAUAAAUCCUUUGCAUUGUAAAGAACUCUGCUCCAAAACCAUACCAAAACUACUUUGCUUCAGGAGGAAUUACUGGUUAAAUUAAAUUCUUCCUAGAUGAGAGAAACGGAUACUGAAAUACAGAAAGAGUGAUGUGACUGCAUCAGGCGUUGUUAACAUUGUGAAAGAUCUCUUUAUACCUGGAUGUAUGUUCACCACAUUUUUCUGGUAAGUAUUCUGAAGAAGAGUAGAGCUUUGGGUGGACAGAAGCUGAAGAAUGAAAUGUGAUGUGUCAGUC